AUGUUGUUCCAGCAAGACACGCUGGCACUGGAUUUCCCUCGAGUCGAGCCUGUUCCAAACGGCAAAGUCGUUCUCGUAUGGGGAGGUGCCUCAGCUGUGGGAACCAAUGGUAUUCAGAUGCUCAAAGCAGCUGGGUACAGAGUCGCUGCUAUUGCAGGUUCUAACAAUCAACAAUACUGUACAGACCUGGGUGCAAAUUACGCUUUUGACUAUAGAAAGCCAGGUGUGGUCGCCGAGAUUAUCCAAACCCUUAAAAACGUCCCAUUCGCUGGAGUUUUCUGUGCCGUUAUGGCGCCAGAGACUAUAAAAGCUUGCGCUCGAAUCGCUUCUCAGCUAGGCGACAAUUCCAAGAAUAAGGUCGUAGUAACUUCCUUGGCGCACUCGAUGAAGUUUGAAGGCGAGGUUCCUGAAGGCUUUCCUUCAUCAGCCCUCGUAAUGAUCGGAAAUCUAGGCUGGGCCGACUCGUUGAAGGACAAUGAAGUCGGACCUGCUAUCUGGGACAGAUGGCUCACGCCCGCACUCGAGAAUGGUACCAUGAAGUGCAGACCUGAGCCUGGGGUUGUCGGUAAGGGCCUAGAGAGUAUCCAGGGAGCAUUGGACCUCCAAGCCCGAGGGGUCUCCGCCAAGAAGCUUGUUGUUGAAAUUGUCUGA